AUGAGACUGCCUAUAGAAAUAAUGGUUCAAAUAUUUCAACUUCGAGUUUCUCAGGAUGUAGAAACUUAUCUGGAUAAAGCAUCUCAAGAAGUAAAAGCCUAUCUGGCUCAUUCAGAGGAGCACCUACCCUUCCCCUGUACCGCACUCACAUUGUCCCAUGUCUGUUGGUCUUGGAGGCUGAUAGCUAACGAACAUUCGGAAAGGUCCUCGCUUGAGAUAUAUAUGCAAAUAGAGGAGAAAAAAGAGCGUCGCAUCUCUCGUCCCAAAGUUCCUGAUCUACCAGACAGCUGCAACCUUCAUUUCAUCAUGAGGUCGACGCUUAAUAGGCUUGCAGAGCUUCCUUUUCAAUUCAAGUCACCGAAAUCACUCAAUUUCUACUAUACUGGUAAUGGGAGACUACCAGCGCUUUAUGUGCCUGAGAGAAUAUGUAGCACGAGGUUGUCCAGGAGUCUUAAGUCUAUUGAAGAACUCCGCUUCGUGAAUGAUGAACUGAUCAUCGAUCCAGAUCUUACGAAGAUAUUCACUCUCUCCAAUCUCAAAGUCUUGGGAAUCACACCCUCACAUAAACGCCUCUCACAGCUACUUCAGCUUCCUGCGCUGGAGAGUGUAAUAUUCUAUCCAAUGUCACCCUCCAAUUAUCAUCACAGCGCGUCUUUCGAUUCGCUUGCGUUAUUGGUCAGCAAUGCGACCAAUCUCCAUUUACAUGGCUGGCCCAAGAGAGAAUCUUCUUCACCAAGCGGCUCGGCUUCCGCAUUUGCAGCCGAACUGCUACGACAUCCAACCAAGUUUACAAGCGUUAUUUUCUCUCACUGCUUUGUCACUUGCCCAUUUCUUAUUCAACCAUUACCCGGAAUCAUAGCACAGGGAACAGGGAGUGGUGCAAUGCUCAUGGAAAUUCACUUUGAUAAUUGCACAGGUGUCAAAGAGAGCGAUUGUAUUCAGCUACGUCGAGAA